GAGCGAGCGCAAUUUGAGGCGCGCUGCUUGUCGAACGGAUGUCUGUCGCGUUUAUUGAUAUAAGUAAUCUGCAGUCUAAGUCUGGACACAUAGGCCCGUUCGCGACAUCUUAUGCAAUCUGUGCCGCCUGACUCAUUCUUCUGCCACAUAUCACUGAUCCGUCACGUCAAAUUAGAUGCUGGACAUAAAUCGCGAUGGAAAAUUGCAAGUCUUAUCAAGAAGGGAAGAAGGCUGACGGGCUUUUUUUUCGUGCACGCUUAUCAAGAUGCGUUUCAAGACAAAAGGAAAAAUGAUGUGUCACUGCAUGCGCGCAUCCUGCAUGCUUUUCUGUCCAAGUUUGAAUUUUCAAAGAAUAAAUCUCAAAUUGAUGCGGAAGGAAGUAGAAGUAUUUUUGCGGAAUGCGUCGAUCAGUGCCUUAAUUCCUAUGGCAAGGAUAAUUUCAGUCUCUUUUUCAAGCAAUUAAUAAAUUUUAUGCAUUAAUGAAAUGUAUAAGUGAACGAUUACGUUAAUCGGAAUUUGGCCAUUUAUCUAUUUAAAUGUACAUCGAUUUAAUAUCAA